UCGCUCGGUCGAUAGUAAUACCGACCGGGACAGAAAACGCUCCUCGCCCUCCGACACCUCGUCCUCGGUAAAAAUGACACACUUAGCCGCUACCCAAGCGAGAGACGCGCAGGGGUCGACCAGACCGUCUCGAGCUAACCCAGCGAUGAGUGGAGGACAACCGGCAGGCCGAAAAAGGUAUAUCACCAGAAUAGGGAGAGGGGGGCAGGCUAUCGAGACGUUUUCCUCUCACUCCUCCGUCUGCAUUUCUAUACACGUCCGUGCAUAUUGAGACGAAUAUCAAAGGCAGCGGGGGAAAAAGGAGAAAAAAAAAAGCCUCGGCGAAGUUACCUCUAUACGGGCACCAUGGCUAACGGAAAACCGGACGUCUCCUUCAUCGGCCUGGGGGCCAUGGGCUUCGGCAUGGCCACCAACCUAGUCAAGCAGGGGUACAAGGUCACGGGAUUCGACGUCUGGCUGCCGACGCUCGAGAGGUUCAAGGCUGCCGGGGGUAGCACUGGGACGACGCCGGCCGAGGCUGUUGCCGGCAAGGAUUUCUGCGUGUGCAUGGUGGCGACGGCCCAGCAGGCCCAGGCCGUCCUCGUCGAUGGCGAGAACCCGGCCCUCCCGGCGCUGCCCAAGGGAGCGGCGCUCCUGCUUUGCUCGACCGUGCCGUGCGCGUACGUCCAGAGCCUCGAGAAACAGCUCGCCGAGCUGGGCCGCGGCGACAUCCGGCUUAUCGACGCCCCCGUCUCGGGCGGGGCCGCGAGGGCCGCUGAUGGCACCCUAUCCAUCAUGGCCGGGGCCUCGGACGACGCGAUCGAGGCGGGCCGGUUCCUGCUGCAAGAGAUGUCGGACCCGAAGAAGCUGUAUAUCGUCAAGGGCGGUGUCGGCGCCGGGAGCAAUAUGAAGAUGUGCCACCAGGUCCUCGCGGCAAACCAGAUCCUCGCGGCGAGCGAGGGGCUGGGCUUCGCCAGCCACCUCGGCCUCGACCUGCACGCCGCGAGUCAGGCGAUCCUCAAGUCGGAGGCGUGGGCGUGGAUGUUCGAGAACCGGCUGCCGCGGAUGCUCGACCCCGAGUUCAAGCCCGUCGCGAGCGCGCUGACCAUCAUCCUCAAGGACACAAGCAUCAUCACGUCGGAAGCGCGCCGCGCCGGCUUCCCGACGCCGAUGGCGAGCACAGCCGAGCAGGUUUACUUCGCCGGCCUCGGCCGCGGCUACGGCCCAGACGACGAUAGCAGCCUCAUCCGGCUGUACACGGAGGGCAAGGGCAAGAUCGGACCCGUGCAGGGCGCCGCAUCGGCUGAUGCCGCGAAGCUCUCUCUAGUCAUCGCCCUGCUCAAGGGCAUCUACCUCUGCUCCGCUGCCGAGGCCCUCGCCUUCGCCCACCGGUGCAGGCUUGACCUCGACCAGGUCUUUGACCUGUGCAUCAACGCCGCUGGGGGCAGCGCCCCCCUUCAGGACGUCGGCCCAGACAUUAUCAGGUUCCUACGCGGGGAACCCUUGCCGGCCACCGCCGGGGGUGAGGGCCUCGGUGAGCUCGCGCAGCAGCUCCAGGAGGCCGUCGAGGAGGCCCAGCGUCUGAAGGCCCCCGUAUUCCUCGGCAGCGAGGCCCUUAGCCUGACGCGCUUCGCGCUGCGGCUCGCUCCGCCAGGGGCUGGCAAUGUCUCAAAGGCAGCCGUCGUAAGGGCAUGGGGUCUGUGAGGUAAAUACCGACCUGCUUGUCUGCCGGCUUACCCUCGCUGCACCUGCUGCGGGAUAUGAAAGAGGAACGGCGAGGCGUAAGUGAUGGUAUUCGGGAGCAUCUUGAAAAGGGGGAGAAAAACAAAUCUGUAUCAUGGUAAACGAUGAUGCGAUGGCAAGCGUUCUACACAUUGAUUAGAACCAGGGGGCAGAGAGGCAUGUGGUUGAAUAACACUAUACUGCUAGGUUGAUCGUCGCCAUUCUACCUCUGGUAGCAAUCACCGCACGCAACAAA